GGUCAAUUACGCGAUCGCUUACGUAUCGACACUAGUACUCUAUUAACCUCGGCUACUAUAGAUAAAGAGUGUACUAAGUAUACGAUAAAGUAUGCUAGUAUACGCAAAGAGGGACUUAAUCCGUACGAGACUAAGAUUAUCCGUAGUAGUAUCGAUCGCCCGGAAAUUAUAUACAUUAUUAAGUUUAUUCCGAGGGAGUAUCUAACCGAUUACGAUAUGCUAUAUAUAGUAAUCGACAAUGCCGUAUCCUAUCCGCCAAUUCCUAAUAGAGAAGAGAAGGAGGUUACGAAGGGAUUAGUAACACUAUAG